AUGCUUGCCGGAAAGAAAAUGGAAGGCAAUGUCACCGCCGGUACAAGGAAUGUAACAGUGUCGAUGAUCAUAAUUAGCAUAGUUGCAGCCUCUGCUGGUAUGCUCUUCGGCUACGACAUUGGCGUUUCAGGAGGUGUGAGUACCAUGGAACCGUUCCUGGAGAAGUUCUUUCCGCAAGUGUUGAAGAAGAUGGCUUCGAUGGAGGUAGACACCUACUGCUUGUUCGAUAGCCAUGCGUUGACAUUGUUCACUUCCUCCCUUUACUUUGCCGCCAUGUUGUCGUCCCUAUUUGCCGGGCGCUUCAGCGCUUACAAGGGACGCAAGGCCACGUUGGUGCUCGGUGGUUCCAUCUUCCUGAUUGGCGUCGCACUCAUUUCCAGCGCCACGGAUGUGGGGAUGCUCAUCUUAGGCCGUGUCUGUCUCGGUAUCGGGAUCGGUUUUUCCAACCAGGUGACCUAG